CGGUUGACGAGCCUCUAUCGGUGAGAGCUCUGAGUUCCGGUGUAAGAGAAAAGAGACGUGGCGAAAUUGCUGUAUAUCUCUGCCCUAUAAGUCCAUCUCUCAUUUAGACUGAAGGGAACCAAGGCAUCAAAAAGGCUGCGCAAACCAUGCAGGAUGAUUUACUGAUGGACAAAAGCAAAGCCCAGCCCCAGCAGCAGCAGCGGCAGCAGCAGCAAGAUCCAAACUCAGCAGAAGCCCCUUCUACACCCAUCUCAUCGGAGACACCCAAACCAGAAGACAGCAGCUCAGUGACUAAUAUCGGCACAGCAGCUCCUGCUCAGAACAGCAAGGAGAAGAUGCAGAUGGAGUCCCCCAUCUUGCCUGGCUUGAGCUUUCACCAGCCUCAGCAAGAACCUGCAGCUGGCACCUCCUUGUCUCCCUCCUUUGGCAGCACCUGGUCGACAGGGACCACAAACGCAGUGGAUGAUAGCUUUUUCCAAGGGAUUACUCCAGUCAAUGGAACAAUGCUUUUCCAGAAUUUCCCGCAUCAUGUCAACCCUGUGUUUGGUGGCACUUUCUCUCCCCAGAUUGGCCUAGCUCAGACUCAGCACCACCAACAUCAACAGCAGCAAGCUCAGCAACAGCAACAGCAGCAGCAAAGGAGGUCCCCUGUGAGCCCCAACCAGGCACCUUUUGCUCAGAGAAAUGCUGCUUACAGCCAUCAGCCCAUCAUGACCAGCAAGCCGUCUUCCUCCUCUGCCUCUUCCUCUUCCUCCUCCAGCUGGAAUAACCACCAAAACGCAGCAUGGAGUACACCUUCCAACCCUUGGGGUGGGUUGCAAGCUGGCAGGGACCCUCGAAGGGCAGUUGGAGUGGGAGUUGGCGUAGGAGUCGGGGUUGGAGUGCCCUCUCCUCUCAAUCCCAUUUCACCUCUCAAAAAACCCUUUUCCAGCAAUGUUAUUGCCCCUCCAAAAUUCCCACGGGCUGCACCUUUAACCCCAAAAUCCUGGAUGGAAGACAACGCUUUCAGGACGGAUAAUGGCAACAAUCUGUUGCCUUUUCAGGACCGGAAUAGGCCCUAUGACACUUUUAACUUGCACUCUUUGGAAAAUUCCUUAAUGGAUAUGAUAAGGACUGAUCAUGAGCCUCUGAAAGGAAAAAGCAGGCUAGAUUUUCACUUGGAAGAUCAUGUAUUAGACCAGGGUCAUGGUGAUCAGUCUUUAUCAUCAGGUCUCAGCUCUCCAACUCGCUGUCAGAAUGGUGAAAGAGUGGAACGCUAUUCUAGAAAGGUGUUUGUUGGAGGUUUGCCUCCUGACAUUGAUGAAGAUGAAAUCACCGCUAGCUUUCGUAGGUUUGGACCUCUUGUGGUGGACUGGCCUCACAAAGCUGAAAGCAAAUCAUAUUUUCCACCAAAAGGUUAUGCCUUUCUGCUGUUCCAAGAAGAAAGUUCUGUACAAGCUCUUAUAGAUGCCUGUCUGGAAGAAGACGGGAAACUGUACCUGUGUGUGUCGAGCCCCACCAUCAAGGACAAACCAGUGCAAAUUCGACCUUGGAACCUCAGUGAUAGUGACUUUGUAAUGGAUGGUUCUCAGCCUUUGGACCCAAGAAAAACCAUCUUUGUUGGGGGAGUUCCACGCCCCCUCCGAGCUGUUGAAUUGGCAAUGAUUAUGGACCGUUUAUAUGGAGGUGUCUGCUAUGCUGGCAUUGAUACUGACCCAGAAUUGAAGUACCCAAAAGGUGCUGGGAGAGUGGCUUUCUCCAAUCAGCAGAGCUAUAUUGCUGCUAUUAGUGCUCGCUUUGUCCAGCUCCAACACAAUGACAUUGAUAAACGGGUGGAAGUGAAGCCAUAUGUGCUCGAUGAUCAGAUGUGUGAUGAAUGCCAGGGCACUCGUUGUGGUGGAAAAUUUGCUCCAUUCUUCUGUGCCAAUGUUACCUGUUUGCAGUAUUACUGUGAAUACUGCUGGGCAAGCAUACACUCUCGUGCUGGGCGAGAGUUCCACAAACCACUGGUGAAAGAGGGAGGUGACCGGCCACGCCAUGUUCCAUUUCGUUGGAGUUGAACCCCAUGCCUACACCCAGCAGCAAGUACUGGAGUAGAUAAAAUCGAGGGAAAAAGCGCGCUGCCUCAGGGCUUGGUGUUCUGGAAAUCUGUGCAUUCGUCCUCGACUUUAACGAAGAUAUGGGUCUUUUUAUUACUAUUAUUAUUAUUUACAGUCACAUUACUGAACUCAGUGUCCAGUAUAAUACAAACCGGCAGAGUGUAACUGUACUGAUUUUGCACUUUGAUUCACACAAACAUCUGCUUGGUACCUUAAUUUCCUACACAAGACUUGUCACUAGUGACGUUACGUAGACUGCCAUUCUCAUCAACCUCCACUAGGUUGGUGUGUAUGUGAUGAAGAUUUUUUUAUUUUUAUUUUUAUUUUUUUUUUAAACUGGAGCAUGCACUUAUUUUCAGAAACUUAGAUGUGCCCCUAGCAGAUGACUUACCAAAGGUAAUAUUCACAAGUAGGUGGCAGAUGUAGCAAAAACUUAAACAGAUAUUCAGCAAUUGUUAGUUUGGGUCAUUUAGAGUAGGAAUAACCCUUAAAGAAAAUAAGCCUUUAGUUGCUCUCCAUUUUGAAUUGUAAGGAUGAUACCUCAUAAGCUGGAUCAGAUUUUUUGUUUCUUUUUGUUUUGCUGAGGGUUUUUUGUUAGGUCUUUUAGUGUUAUGUAAAUGUAUGCUGCAAUAGCUUUUGCUGCUAUUAAAAUGGUAUUACUAAUACCAUAAUACUCUAUUCAGGCUAGGGUAUCAAUUAAAAACAGAAUAUGUGAUUAAAAUAGUGAUGGCUGCUGAAAGGAGAUCAGUAUAGCAUACAGAAAGCUUCCAAGGAAGGUCAAUAUAUUUGACUGCAUGUUUACUUAAUCAGGUUGCUGCAUGCAAUAAAUUUUAUAUAUGUCUAAUAUAAAACUUGCCCACAGUGCACAAAUUAAGAAUCUAUGUAGGCUACAAAAUAUUCAGUAAAGAAAAAAUGAUUACUGACUGGAGGAAGGCAUGCCUCAGUAAAUGUAAUGCUUCUGAAAUUAGGAUCAGCCCAUUACAGAAUGACCUAUAUUACAAGAAAUAUAAAAACUAGCUGUAGGAUAUUCUUAAAACAAAUUUGUGGAUGGUAGAUGAAGUACUUUGCGGUGCUCUGUUAUAUAUUGUGCAAUUUAUUUUAUAUAGUAAAGUGAUUAUGUCUAGUACUGUGAUCAAACUUAACUGUUAAAGCCUCUGUAUCCAACAUUAACACGUUUUUGACCGUUCAUCGUAACAGGUACAUAAAACUAUGAGCUCUCUCUCUCCUAAUGCUUACACCAUUUAUGUAGCUGCAGACCUUGUCCAGAAAACCAAAGAGCUCAUAAUAGCUUUCCAUACACUACCAAUUAGAUAGAUUGUCUGUCAAACUGAGAAACUAGGCACAUUUUAAGGAAGUUAGGGAAAAAGUGGUGCUAAAGAAAUGUCUGCACACGCAAGUUAACAUGAAAUGUCUGCUUUCUGGAAGUGGUGUCAAUUCCUUUGAUCCCUGGGUGUAUCCUGUGAAGCUUGAAUUCAGUUAAGACCUGCUAACAGAGUAGACAUUUUUUUAGCAUGUACUAUGGGGCUGCAGAUAGUAGUAUAUAAAUAUAAACACACUUGGUGUACUAAUGAUUGUGAGAAUGUGUACACUAUUCUGUUUUCGUUUUUCCUUUAUUUUUUUCGUUUAUUUUUGCAGUUCUGGGGACAAUCUGACUGGAUAUGACACCGCAUAGUAGACUUAAAUGUUCUGGGUUUUGUUUGUUGUGAUGUCCUUGUUUGUGUGUAACUUAGUAAGCUUUUUUUCAAUGUUUAGUUGCAAGUAUUGGCUUUGAAAGGAAAUUUUUUCUGUUUUUGAGAAAAAGAAAAAAAUAGUUUUUUACCAGUUUAAAAUGCUUAUUACAAUUAUCCCUUUCGAGGUUACUUCUGGGCAUUUUUGUGAUAUUGCUUUUUCCAGCCCAGGUGUCUUUUUUCUGUUUUUUCAUCUGUACAAGACAUUUUGUUAUGCACUACUUUUUGUAUCUAGACAGUUUUCAACAGUUGGCUGAUGAUUUUUUUUUAAAGAAAAAGGCAUGCUUUCUGACUGACAUGAUCUUUUGCAAUACCUCAAUUUUGAAAUAUAGGAAAGAAAAUGAUAUUUUCUAAGUAAGUUUAUUCAGAAAAAUAUAUAUUAAUUUAAUUCUGCAAGAAAAAUGAUUUAACAGAUGGGUAACUUUAUUUUUUUCAUGCUUAUUUGAGUUUUUGAAAAUGAAGACGUUAGAGCUUUAUAACUGUAAUAUUAAAAAUCAUAGCUAACCUACAGAAAUCUACCUAAUUAUGUGAAAAAAGUAAACCUUUUUUGAAGAAAUACCCCUCUUUCAUGUAGAAACACACCCCAGAGAGAGAACCUGGAAGAUGUGAAGUACAGCAUAAAGUUGGAUUAAAACUAAAAGUUAUCAGUAAAGAAAAGGUUUAGACAACAACUCCAUUUGGUGCUGAAAGUUGUGAAUAGAAGGUGAAAAAUAUUUUCCCUUAAUUUGUAUAUUUAUAAUCAAGUGUGAUUAUGCACGACUGACCAGAAUUGUGAGAGUUCUUCUGUUUGUAUUUUUUUAAAGAGAACUUUUUUAGUUUAUUAAAUUAUAACAUGCUCCCUUUUGUUUUGUAAAUGAAUGUGCCCCUGAGUUAUUAAUAUGCUAUAUUAAGAGGGUCCUUCAAAAAAACAUUAUUUUUUAAAAUAAGGAGUUCUGAACUGCAACUUGACUAAGAAGCCCCUGGGUACAACAGGUCCUAUUGUGGCCUUUUAUGAUGUGAGACUUGAACUAGUCGAAUUUUUUGAAGGCUAACCUAACCUCGACUAUUUGUUGUUAUGUGCAAUACUGUUUGUACUGUUUGUAUAAAAAAGAAAAAUGAAAAGAAAAAAGGCAUAAAUCUUUAUUGCAGAUUUAUUUUCAUUGCAGACUUUAGACAUUGUGAUUCACUAAGAUCAUUUUUCUACUGUCAAAUAUGUACCUUUUCUUCAUGCUGGUAUUUUUUCAAUAGUAAUGUAGCCUUUGUACUGAGACAAAUUUUCAUUGUUAUUUUUAGAAAGAUUUUUUGCUAAGAAAAAAUUAAACAUAUUUACAUAUUUUUCAUUUUUAUUUCGUAUUUUCUUUAAGGAGUGCUUUCUCAACCAUUAAAAUAGUUGUUUCUGGGAGAGACUUUCAUAUCUGGUCAAUGUCAUUAAUAUUAUUUUGUAUUUUUACUUGGAAUAAAUUAAUUUUAUGAUGCUAAUUCUUUAAAAGUUUAUUUUUUUCAUUUCAGUUAUUUUUGAAGCUAAAAUCUUUGUAAUAUUGUUACUAAAGUGUCUAGUUUUUUGAAAUGCAAAGCUUUAUGUAUUAACUUGCUGAUGUGGUUUACAAUAGUGUGGCAAUGAUGAAAAUGGUUGGUUAUGUAAAGUGAUUGGAAAAUUGUAAUGAAUAAUUGGGCAAUAAAAUGACAGAAUGAAGCAGAAAAAUGUGAUAUUUUGAAAAGCCUUUUCCUUUAUCAAAAUGAUUUAGGGAGAUAAUAGGGAUGUCACAGUACCAGUUCGCUGUCUAGAUUUAUACACCACCAGUGCUGAUUAAAUACUAUUGCUGUUAUCAUGAACUAAAAUCUAUUGAAAUAAUGGGUUUAUGACCCUGCCUAUUCAGCAUAAUACUCCAUUGCUCUUUGCAUCAUGAACUUAUCUAAACUCGUUUCAACACCAAGAUGCAACAUCCUAAAAUCUUCCCCAUCCACCAUUGUUGUAUUAUGCCACUUCUAUCUAUGUAUGUAUGUAUGUAUUUAUUUAUUUAUUUAACCCCUGCCUGCACAACCUCCCUCUACAUACAUCUGUUCCAUGCUGUCACUGAAAAUUUAAGUAACGACAUCGCUUUCCAAAGGAGUUAAUACUGUUGGAAGCUGCACAGUUAAUGCACAAUAAUGCAUGUAACUUUUUCGUUAUAAAGCAGUAAUCCACAUUGCCAGCAUAUUUAAACAUGUUUGGCACCUGUUUCUUUUGCCUUUCUGGUGUUUGUUCUCUUAUUUUUUGUCUGUGGUAUCAGUUACUGUCCAUCAAAACGUAUCUGUUCACUUCCUCUCUUUGCCUCCACUUACCUAGCCUUCUUUCCCCCAUUCAGCCAGAAGAGCUGAUGUACUAGAGCCAGUGACUCUGUCACUUAAAACAAUCCAGACUAAAAUUGGUGUUGCGUAAACAGGGCAUACAAUGACUUUCUCUAGAUAGAUCAGUUAUUUCAACUAGUUAUUGUUGACCUUUUCUACCUGAUUUAUGGAGUUGUGACAGAGGUCAUCCAUAACUUGUAGAAAGAAAUGUGUCCAGAGUUGGCCUAUUAUGUAUCCUCUGUGUUCAGUUCUGUAAGUAAUGUAUAGACUAGAUCAAAUAGUGAAGUACAUUUUAGACUCAAAUUAGGUACUACUGGUUGGAAUGUACACAAAUUGCAAAUAUAAAGAGGAUUAAGGACUGAAGGGGGAAUCAAAAAAUUCCUGCUAAGUGGUACAAAGUUUAUGCUUAGAUUUCUGCCUACAUGCUUGUAUUUUAUGGCCUGCUAGUAAGGCAUGGGCUACAAAAAAAAUUGUAAUUGCAAAUAUGCAGAUAGCAAAUAACUUUGCUGAUUUCACUAUGUUAGAGUAGUAAAAAAUGGCACUUAACUGGGAAAAGCUCCCAUGUUAAUAUUUCAGUAUUGUGACAUCUCUACUUGCAAGGUAUGAGUGAAAGAUUAGUCACAGAUUUGUACAACUGUCUCCUUUUGUUUAAUCUGGCUUGUAUGUAGUUGCUUUUUACACUGGUUUGUACAAUGUCAGCUAAAUCUUUCUUUUUUUACUUUAAACCAGGCAAACUUUCUUCUCAAUCUCAACUGCUAUAGUGUUCAGUCAUACCACACAGUAUUUUAUAGUCAUGUUGGUGACUACUCUAUACCCCAAAUGGGUAGCUGGUCAGGAAUUAUAAUGAUCGUGUAAUUCUGGCGCACAAAUUUAUGUAAGAAUGAAGUUUAGCAACAAGCAGAAAACCAGGGUGCUAAUACAGGAUAAACAUUUCAGCUAUUUUUUCUGGAUGUAGUUCUGUUGGGGUAUAAAGUAUUAGGUAUUUGUAACUUUGCUGUCAAAGUAAUGGACAUAACUUUCAGAGCGUUCACAGCUAAGAUCUCUGUACUUGUUUUUCAAUUAACUAAUUUUAAAUGUACUGUAUCUUUUAUUACAUGUUCUCUUAGAUUGUUUUUUGCUAGUAAACCUAACAAGGCUUCUUCCUUUUUGGCUUGGACUAAUGCUUGUAUGGAACUGCAGUACUGUGACUAAACAUGGAGCUCAAUUGCUGCUAUUGCUUACAAAUGCUUAAACUUUGUAGUUUGGACUUUAUUUUUUUUCUGUAACAACUUAUUAAAUCUAGUUGUAUGAAUUACUGACACUUGUCAUCCUUUGCAUAUGCUAAGGAAAGCUUGGGAAAUGCAUUAAACAAUGUGUUAGAUUAAAAAAAA